AUGCAGCAAUUGUUGUUCGCGGUUGUGCUCUCCGAGGUUGUGGCGAUAAUGGCGCUUUCCUUUAAGACGCCGAUUAGGAAGCUGUUGAUCAUGAGCCUGGAUCGAGCGAAGCGUGGACGUGGACCGGUGGUGAUUCAGACGGUUUCGGCGACGGUUUGUAUUCUUCUGGUGGCGAGUGUGUACAAUAUGAUGUCGAUCCAGAAGCGCUGGAUCGAGGACGGUGCAUUGAAUCCGACUGAUGAGGUUAUCAUGGCGAAACAUCUCCUUGAAUCGACUCUCAUGGGUGGUUUUCUGUUCCUUGGGCUGAUGAUAGACAGGCUGCAUCACUACAUGAGAGAGCUACGGAUGAGAAGGAAGAUGAUGGAAGUUAUAAAGAAGGAAGGAGCAGGAUUGGAAGGUGUAAAAGCCAGAGCUUUAGAUGAAGUCAAAACCUUGAGAGAAGAAAUAGUGUCGCUUCUCGAGAGGCAAAAGCAGCUGGCCUCUGAGCUUGAGGCUAGGUCUAGAGAGAUUCGUACCGAGAAAACCAGUGCAGUUGCUCUACAGAAGCAGUCAGAAGGAUUCCUCAUUGAGUUUAACAGGUUGCUUGAAGAAAACCAGGAUCUUCGAGACCAAUUGCACACUGUGGAUUCGAAAAUCUCACGCUCAAGCGUCAAGAAGAAUACUUGA